AUGUCUGAAAUAGAUAGCAUAAUUGCAGAAUUUUUGAACGAUGCUCCAGCUGGGGAAACCAGAGAUGUCAUAAAUGAUUUGAAGCUCAUUCUUGACCAAACACCAGAUAUAACCAAAUCCAUCAAGAGAUCUUUGGAAAGCUCGUUAGUUGAUCAAGACAAGUUCGAAAUCAUUUCAUUACCGGACGCCAAAAAGUUGUCAAUCAUUUCGAAAUAUAAUAAAAAGGGGACAAAGUUUUACGACUCUCGAUUGAAAAAAUUAUUCAACGUACAAUUUUUGGACAAUUCUGCCCUCGAUGUCGAAGAUGAAGAAGAUGAUGAGGAAUCUACCGCUUUAUUCAAGUCCUUGGCCACUUCAUUGGAAAAAUACGUCUCAGAACACUAUCCUCUCAACAACUCUCAGAAACUACUUGCGUUUGAUUUAUUCCAGUUGAGUGCUACUGAAAUUGCAAUCGCGUUGAUCAAUACGAAACGCAAUGCUUCGAAUUUUAUCAACGGAACUUGGGUAUCUGCGUACAAGUAUAAUUCCGAAACUGGCGUUUUGAAGGGAAAUAUUUCAAUUGACGUUCAUUAUUUUGAGGAUGGUAAUGUUAGAUUGAAGACCUCCAAGAGUGUCGAGAGUUCUGUUGCUGCCGAAGCUUCCGAAAUCAUUACUUUGAUCAAGAAGGAAGAAGAAUCUUAUGAAUUGGCAUUGAACAAAAAAUUCUUGAAAUUAAAUGAGGUCGACUUUAAGAGCUUAAGAAGACCGCUUCCGGUGACUAGAGCUAAGGUCAAUUGGGGUAAGGCUAUUGGGAAUUAUAGGCUUGGUAAAGAUGUCAACCAGGCUUGA